GCGCUUCGUCGUACCAAUAGUCGGCGUGACGUCAACAUGACGUAAAGAAGGUGGUGUGUUGACGGUUGUGCAGGCAGCCGCAUGUUGCAUUCAUUUUACCGUAUUUUCGAUCAUUUUCGCUGGUAUGUUGCUCCGCAGCCCAUGGAUUUUGUAGGACCGAAUAUGUGGAACGAUUUGGAGUGAUUGACGUCUGCUGACAGGUGUAUACAUCGCCCGACGACUCACAGAACUGCAUCGCCUGGUACCGGAGGAGGCACCAUGGAACGAACGACGAAUUCGCUGCAAUGAACUGCGAGGCUGAGACGGACUCAUCUCAGCCAGAACCGCCCAGAAUGCUGUCAAAGUCUCAACGAUUGUUCCUUGGGUUCAUCAUCUUGUUGCUUGUUGAUAUUAUUUGGGUAGCUUCGUCAGAAGUCACCAAGUUCAUCUACAAGAAUGCUGAUUAUCAAAAGCCAUUUUUCAGCACCUAUCUCAAGACUUCCAUGUUCACCAUCUACCUUUUUGGUCUAUGUGUUUGGCCCCAGUGGCGUGCGCAGCUCUAUAAGCCUCCAGUUUAUCAGCUGCUUGACCCUAUUGCUGAUGAAGAAAGUUUUUACACUGAAGCAACCAGCAGCUUGAGUGAUUCAACAUUUGUACCCAUAAAAUAUGCUGAUGCUGGUGAUAGAGGCUCUGGAGCAGAUUCAGGGACAGAAACAGGAAAUGAUGCAUCUUCUCGCUCUGUUCGAUUCAGUAAACUUGCGGAGGUUAAACAAAUGUCUGAGGAGGGUGCUAUGGAGGCUCUACUGGCUCGCUUGUCCUACCAAGCCACUCUCAGAGCAGGAGAAGCAGCCAAACGGGCUGCAAAUAGGUUUCCUGUUCGCCGCGUUGCCAAAAUUGCAUUUUUCUUCUGCAUCCUGUGGUUUAUUGCAAAUUACACGUAUCAAGUAGCUCUUGCUCACACAGAGGCUGGUAUGGUGGCCUUGUUAUCCUGUACGUCAAGUUUGGCUACACUCCUAUUAGCUUCAGUUUUUCCCUCAAACCAAGGAGACCACUUCACAUUGUCAAAAUUUGUGGCUGUGUGUAUAAAUUUGGUUGGCCUGGUUUUGGUUUUUAUGGCUGACCACUCUUUUGAAGCCAAACUUCCAAUAGGAGGCAUUUACGCACUAAUAAGUGCUUGCUUUUAUGCUAUGUAUCUUGUUUUUCUGCGGAGGAAAGUAGAUAGUGAAGAUAAAAUGGACAUUCCCAUGUUUUUUGGGUUUGUUGGUUUGUGGAAUAUGUUGCUUCUAUGGCCUGCAUUUUUCUUCUUGCACUACAGCAAUUUAGAAAAGUUUGAAUGGCCCAAUGAGAGACAGUGGGCAUAUCUUUUAUUGAAUGGUAUUGUUGGUACUGUUAUUUCAGAGGCUUUCUGGCUGUGGGGAUGUUUUCUAACUUCUUCCCUCAUUGCCUCUGUUGCUAUGAGCCUAACUGUGCCCAUGACAAUGUUGGCUGAUGUUGUCCUAAAACAGGUGCACUAUUCGGUGGUUCUGUAUUUGGGUGCCAUUCCUGUGUGCCUAGCAUUUCUGGCAAUCCUUCUCCUUGCCCAUUGGGAAAAUUGGGAUCCCUUGGGUGAUUUCUUACACAAGUUGUGCUCUAGAGUCUUUUGUUGCCGUGUAGGACACACGCAUAAUAGAGCAAUAAGAACACCAGACUCUGAAAGUGAACAGCAAGCACUUAUUGGUAUAAAUGAUGGUGACCAUGAAGCUUAAAAUCUCAUGCAAUAUGUCACGUUAUAUAUUUCUUGAAAUACUAUUUUGACUGAAUGAGUUGAGGAAAUAAUUUAAACUCCUACAUUUUCAUCUGGGGGAGUCAAUUUUGGUUCAGUUGUAUUUAUCAAACCUUUGCAACUUCUUUGUAGUUAUUAGUUACUUCUCCUGUGAUGAACUGUUUAAAUGUCAUUGUGUUGUAAUGUCUUAGAUAGUUAGAUUCUUCUAUUUUGAUCCUCAAAAGUUGCUGUUGUUGUUCUGUGUUGAUUGUGCUCUGUGGUUGCAUUUCAAAAGAAAUGAGAAAAAAAAACACGGGAAAGGCAUUUAAUUGGACUAUGUAUUCUCUUGUGAGAAGAAUUUGUAUUAUGUCAUCCUGACAAUGGUCAAUGCCUCUAACAAGUAUUUUUUUCAGAACACUUCAUAACUUGAAACAUCAUGUAUCAAAUUAAACAUCAGUCUUCCAUUUCGUAUUCAUGUCCAAGAGGCAAAAAUGAAAGUAUUACCAUGAUCUGUCUUGAUUCAAUGGUACACAUUGUUCCUCGUGCAAUAUCUGUUCAAAGGAGAAAGUUAACUGAAGACAACUGUCUUGCCGUGUUUUUAUGCUUAGUAUUGACAAUGUGCAGUAUUGAUUUUUGUGGAAGCAAAGAAAGAAUUGGCUAUGAGCAUUUAUUUAAUACCUGAGUAUUGGUCUCAAUUUGUCCCUCAAAUUGGAUCUCUCUCUAUUGAAUAGUAAGUCUUUAGAAUGGUAAGACAGCAGUAUUAUGUCUAUUCGUAAAUACCUAAGUCUUAUAAAUUCUCUAGAAAGGUUUUUAGUAAAUGUUCUUUGUUAUUUGAAUUUCUAGACAAGAUGAACAUUCCUGUUUUUUCCUUAAGUGCGAUGCCACUUACCAAACUGGUUUUAAUGGGGGAAUCUUUACUUAUUGUGAUUAUUGCGCCCCUAUGAAGACAGUUCCAAUUUUUAUGAAUGAACGGUCAUCUUUAAAAUUGAUAUUUUUGUAUGGCCGACUGUCUUUUAUGCCAACAUAAAUAAUUUAAGAAACCAUCUUUCAUUACAUGGCUGUAUAAUUCAGAACUGUUUUAGGUCCCUUGUUACCAUAGUUAUGUAAUGUUACUGGUUAACUUAUAGUGAAGCAUUGUGAUGCACAUGUUUAGAGUUCCAUUCCCAGGAGAAAAAUCAAUCCAGAGCUCUUGCACUGUGAAUAAUUGUAAUAACAAGACCUUACAUUUCUUGACUAGUCUCUCAGCUAUUGUGAUUGCUAUAUUUUUGCUUAUUAGUAAAUACUAUUCUAGUGUUACUUGUUAGUAGCUUAGGAAUCAGAAACAACAGAUGGACCAGUGAUUCUUUGAAUUGAAUAUUGUGAUCUUUUGUUCUCCUUUGUGUACUGUGAAGCUGAGCGACACUAUAGAUUUUUGUUGUUUGUUUGUAUUAUUGUUGUUAAAAUUUGACUUAUUUGUAUUUGAAGCAUCUUGCUUGUUUUGUUUCUAAAUCUCGUUUUUGUUAUCAGUUUCUGUUGAUUUUUUAAGGCCAAUUCUAUUUCAGUAUUGUAGCUUCAUGGGAAAUUCUGGAUAAUUAUUGGGAUGGGUUUGUUCUCUUAGAUUUUUUUAAUUGAACAUUCCAAGUUAAUUUUUAUUAUAUUUUUACCUAGCUUGCACAGUUUUGAUUCUUCUUUGCUGUAAAAAAGACACUUUUUAUUACCAAAUUAUAAGACAUCGAAAGUGGUUCUGAAAAUAAACAUUGUUUUUUGUUUUGUUUUUUUA